ACGUCCUCAGGGGCAGACAAAGCACACGGCGGAUAUUACAAGUUAUGAAGACGCAAGGGGCACCGGCACAGACAAGGCACGACUCUUGGGUGUGGGUGGUGUCAAGCAAUCAAUCAUUCCCGAGCCGCUAGGUCGGGUUUGUGCUUGUGCAGCAUUGCAGCCCUACAGCCACAUUUCCACCCGAAACACGUUCCCUGGCGAUCUCCCUUUUAUUCCCAAGACCCUGGCCUGCUAAACACGCCGAACUAUGUUUCGCAUCUGCCAUGCCCGUCACCGACGAGGAAGCUGCAUUGGCGGCCGUUGCGACCCUGCACUCCUUGUCCCCUGAGCAGACUGAGGCCCUGGACGGCAUCAACGCCAUUCUGCACAACGGCGAGCCCUUUGUCGACGUCCAUGAGCUGUUCGCCCUGUAUAAUCUCCUCUACUUCCGAAAGCUACUCCUCCCACGUGUUGAAGUCAUCUGGUCGCCGCGCUUGACUCUGUGCGCUGGCAUCUGUGAGUUAUCCAAGGACCCCAAGACCGGAAAGUUCACGCGCAUCCGUCUGAAGCUGUCGACACCUCUGCUGCAGUACCGUCCACGCUCCGACACCAUCAACACCCUGCUCCACGAGUCGAUUCAUGCCUACUUCUUUAUCACCACCUCGUGGAAGCACUCGCGCGGAGAUGAUGGAACUGGACAUGGUGUUGGCUUCCAGCUGCUCGCAGACGCCGUAAACAACCACGGCAACUAUCAAGUCACCAUAUACCACACCUUUCACGAUGAAGUCGACAGCUACCGAACACACGUCUGGCAGUGCGACGGGCCUUGCAAGAACCAGCCCCCAUACUUUGGCCUGGUCAAGCGAAGCAUGAACCGAGCUCCUGGCAAGGGUGACACGUGGUACUCGAGACAUCAGGCCGAGUGUGGGGGGACAUUCCAGAAGGUGCAAGAGCCAGCGCCGACCAAAAAGCAAUUGGAGGCCAUGAGCACCAAAGAGCGCGCGGGACGACAGAAGAAUAAGCUGGAUAACUGGAUCAAAAAAGACGUCAAAGUGGAGGGUAAAACCCCUGCUAUGCCCAUUAUCAUUGGAGCAGAGGAUGAGGCUUCAACAUCUUUCCAAGCUGGCCAGAAACGGCCGCUAGUGAGCGAGGACCAUGAGCCUGUCGUCCAGAAGAAGUUGCUUGUCGACUGUCCGAUCUGUAGUAUCAGAUUAGCCGAGUCCGAUAUCAACGAACAUCUGGACGUAGAACACCUUUGAUCUUACAAAUAACAUUUGCGAAGGCGAGUGUGCUACGUCAUUGCGCAUUAGAACUGUGCCACGUCUCGGAUCCGUGUUACCUCUCAUCUGUUGGAGAGGAAGCCAUCUCGUGCAUCCAAUGAUUUCUUCCACAUCACUAGCGUGAUGCUGAAAUCAUCAGUACCUUUAUGGAAUUUAGUCCA